AUGGCAGUCGACGACGCGAAGGACACGCUAAAGCGCGGUCCGCGUUACGACACGCUACCCAACACCGAUGACCACUCGGAUUCCAGUACAGAGGUUGGAGAUUGGGAUACAGAAGACGCUGUGCAGCCAAGGCGGAGAAGAAAGACAUUCUGGCGGAGAGUGAAGGGAUACCGGUGGAUGCUAGACACGACGCUUUUGCUGGUCAUAGUCGGUCUGCUCGUUGAAAAGAGGUGGCAGCAUCAGGCGAAGAGCCACCAGUAUGAGCUUGCGGGGGACAUUUCAGGUUUCGCGCCAACCUUUUCACAACAAAUCGUCAGCUUCAAGCCGAACGAUGUAUUUGCUCCGGAGAACGAGACGGAGUUUUGGGGCAAAGAGACGCAGGAUGCAUGGCUGAGUAUUGUGCCAGAGGGGCUAGGUUACGUCAACGUAAAGAACGCGAGCGACUAUUCCAACCUCCCAAAACCUGUCCACGAUUACCCCGGCCAGACUGUGUACACGACGUCGGUGACGCAUCAGCUACACUGCCUCUAUACCAUUCUCGAUGCCUAUAACUCGAUGAAGUUUACCAUGGCGAAUCCCAUGUCACCGAAGCCGGUCAAGAUGGCAUGGCAUAUCAAUCACUGCUUCGAGUAUAUCAGGCAGGCGAUCAUGUGCGCGGGUGAUGUAGCGCUGGAAGGUGCUGCUACUACUUUCCCACACGGUGACAAUGGCGAGGAUCGGGGAGGUAGUGAUGGAUGGGACGCGAAGCACGUAUGCAAAGACUACAGUCAGGUGUACGCCUACUUGGAAAAGGAGACGAUCAACCACAUGAAGUGGAUAUCUUCAGAAUAG